CAUGCAGACCAGAAAAAAAAAACAUUUCAAAGCAAAGCAAAACAAAAGAAUGCAGCAGCCCAAUGUGUACGCUUACCCACAAGGCGCUGGCGCUUCGGCUCCUUUGCCUCCACAACCACAAGCGGGAGUGAUAGUGGAUCCAAAGUACUGUUCUCCGCACCCAGUAGAUCUGGCGAUCGUGCGGAAGUUGAUGAAGGUAAAGGACGGUAACUUCGCGAUAACGAAUGUGGACGGAAACCUGUUGUUCAAAGUGAAACCGCCGUUGUUUUGUCUUCACGACACUAGGAACUUGCUGGAUGGUUCUGGAACUCAGGUCUUGACUUUGCAAAGGAAGAUGAUGAGCAGGCAUGAAAGGUGGCAAGUGUUUAGAGGAGGGAGUACUGAUCAGGAUGAUCUGCUAUACAGGGUGAAAAGAUCGCCGAUGCGUGAGCGAGAGGGCAGACUUGAUGUGUUUUUGCCUCACAACAAAGACGAGAAGAUAUGUGAUUUCAAAGUCAAAGCGAAUAGGCACGAGCGUUGUUGUGUCGUCUACGCCGGCGAAUCUGACGACGCCAUUGUUGCCAAAGUGCACGAGAACCACACGGUGCGGAGCGUUUUCUUGGGAAAGGACAGUUACUCUGUCACUGUUUAUCCAAACGUUGAUUAUGCCUUCAUUGUCUCUCUCGUUGUCAUUUUUUCUGAGGCAGGACGCCUGUAGAAAAUUUUAAUUAAUGAAUUUUCUUUUUAUUAUGUUAAUUUCUAUGGUUUAUCUUUUCCUUUAUCGGGGUUUUUUUUUUUACUUUGCUUAAUUUCCCUAUUUCAAACUUAUUUCCUUUUCUCUAGUUGGGAUUUAUCUUUAUAAAAGAGGUCCUAGCUAAGGUCCUUUGUAAGAUACACAAUCUCAUAAUUCUUAUUCUUAAGAAAAUCAUUUAGCUUUUCUAUUGGA